AUGAUGGAGCAAAGACAGACCCCCGUGUACCCAAAUUUGUCGGAAAUCAUAACGUAUCAGCAAAAUAUCGACAGCUUAAAUAUAGAUGAAGAGAAAUUCGCCGAAAAUUACGCAGACAGCGAUCGAUUCGGUGUCGAUAUAUCGCCGACGUCGCCGACAUCGACACUGGAGGAGGAAGACAGCAGCCAGUCUGCUUUCGGCGUAGACUUAACGGGUAAAGCGACUAAUUUGGCCGGAAAAUCGUUCACAAUAGCCGCUAUCUUGGGCUUGACGAAUUCUGAGGAGGAUGUUAUGAACUUGAGCGUACAAGAGAGACUACAACAAAAUCAGAGACAAUUGCAGAACUAUUUAUACGCUGGGCACGAUAUGCAAAGGCUGAACGAUGGCUUCUGCAGGACAAUGGGAGUUCCGGCUGCGUUGCGGCAAGAUAGUCCACGACCGGAGCUCAGGCCUCAGGUGGGCCAGAUGAAGUCCAGGACACACGCGGUCACAUGUUCUAACAAUUCAGGAAGAAGUAAACGUAUAAGGACGAUAUUCACGCCAGAACAGCUGGAACGGCUGGAGGCUGAGUUUGAACGGCAGCAGUACAUGGUUGGGCCAGAGAGGCUGUACCUCGCGCAUGCGCUGCAACUAACUGAGGCACAGGUAAAAGUCUGGUUUCAGAACCGUCGCAUAAAAUGGCGGAAACACCACUUGGAAGUCACCCAGCAAAGGCUAGCUUUGAUGCAAAGGCACAGGACAGAUGAUACGAGCGAUGUGUAGAUAAUAAAAUUAAUUAAAAGUAAAACAUUAUCAUGUAAUAAUUGUGUCGGUAGAUGGCGCUAGUUGUAACUACGUAAUACUGCUAACGCCAUCUAUGUUACAAUGUUCAAGUUACUUUUUUUCUAUUUGUAAAUUUUAUAACCCAUUUUAUUUCGUUUGUUUUAUGUUACAAUUAUAUAACUAAGUUAUAAAAUAUUUAUUGAAUAAAAAAUGUAUAGACUUUAAGCCAACUAUGAUAAAGGUGAAAGGCAAGAGUUUGCUGCUGGUCACAAGUCGGUCCGAAACCAAGAUCUUUGAAUGAUUACUUUUCUAAUUUAUAACGGAUUGAAGCACAUCGAUGUAAUCCGUCGUUUCUAUAUUUUUUCUUAUUAUGUUUAAUUUUCUGUAAUGUCAUAGUUAGCAUCUACAAUACUCAGCCUGCUGGUUUAAUCAAUAGUAAUUAACAAAUAAUAGUCAUCUCGUUUUAUCAUUGCAUGAACUCAACCCAAACCUAAGCGACCGGUAAAAUUUAAUUCAUCGUAUAUAACAUCAAGAUUCGUAGAUUUAAAAAGUAAAUAAGACUCUUUGGAAAACGAAGUUCUUUUACGCAGCUUACACAG